CACAACAAAGCAGCAUCUCCGGCGCCUGUUCCACUGGUUUAUGAACACGAGGCUGAACAGAUGCUGAUACUAAUGGGUGGUUCAUAGAGAGAGACUCAUCCGCUUCUCCUCGGGGCAGUUACACACACUCAGCUCCGGACGCACAGGGAGGAGGUGGAAUGAGAAGCGGAUAAAUAACGCGCAGCUCCAGCGCCAAAACUAUGGCUCCAACGACGCUCGCAGGAGCGGACGGUAGCGAAGGAUGAGAGGUCUGCUGAGUUCCAGCGAGUGUGAAACCAGAAAAGAAUCAUACCUCCACCGAUAGCCCUUCAUCUGGGCAUAGAGAGAAGAUACCAUCGCUCCUCUUCACCUGGAAACUAGAGGCUGGGAAACGGCUCCGUGCGUACAGCGCGCUUCCUCCUCUCCACAACUCGCGUAAAUCCCCACUUUCUUUUGGAGAUCCAGCAAAGAAGCCUGAGUCUCUCCGAGUGUGAACUUCCUGGGGGUGAACUUUGAAUUUGGAUUACUGCCACUGAAACCUGUCAGGGCUCCGAGCAGAGAGCGCAGCGAGGGGGGAGCACCGUGCGGAGCGACGCAGCCUCGGUUGUGAUCACAUUAAAUAAAAAAAAGUCUCUCCGAGUCCAGGGGCCACCGCUGCGAAGAUGCCGGUCCGGAGGGGCCAUGUGGCUCCGCAGAACACCUUCCUGGACACCAUCAUCAGGAAAUUCGACAGCCAGAGUCGCAAGUUUGUCAUCGCCAAUGCCAGAGUGGAGAACUGUGCAAUCAUCUUCUGCAACGAUGGCUUCUGCCACAUGUGUGGUUACUCCCGGGCUGAGAUCAUGCAGAAGCCAUGCACGUGUAACUUCCUGUACGGACCUGACACCAAGCGACUGGCUAUUGCCCAGAUGGCACAGGCCCUGCUGGGGUCAGAGGAGAGGAAGGUGGAGAUCAACCUUUACCGCAAAGACGGUCAGUGCUUCCUGUGUAUGGUGGAUGUGGUGCCAGUAAAGAACGAGGAUGGUGUGGUGAUCAUGUUCAUCCUCAACUUUGAGGUCAUGACUGACGAGACAUUUCUAGACCACAAAGAGGAGCUUAACCACCGCCUGCCUACCUGGCUCGUCACCGGUCGUCCACGAGGCUUCAAGCUGCGUCUUCCCCUGCUGCGCUCCCUGUCCAACAGCAAAGCGUCUCUGGACGACCCUGAGACCGGUCGCAUCCCCACUGCCACACCUCUGUCAUUGCACUCAGACCACCACAGUCCCGAGUCCUUAGGCCUGGGGGAGUUCCUGCCCAUACCCCACUUACCACCGGACCACCAAGAGCAAAUCAGUGGAAGCAGGUUAGCUCUGCAAAGUUGGCCAGAAGACAGUCGGGAGGACAAGCGCACUUUACUGGGCUCUAAGCCUACUGUACCCCACCCUCCACAUCCUCCACACGGAACCCACCUGGUGGGUCCCCUGACCCAGUCAUCACCCUGCGUAGCGCCCCAUCACCGCCUCAGCCUCAAUCCGGACGCCUCAGGCUCCAACUGCUCCUUGUCACAUAGCCGCUCGCGAGAAAGCUUCCACAGCAUGCGUCGCGCAUCCUCUGUAGACGAGAUCGAGGCCAUGAGGACUGACUGGGAAAGAAAGAACCGGAGAGCCAGUAUCCGGCCGGGCAGCAGCAGCACGGGUGCAGUAAACAGUAAAUCCAACAUACUGAACUCCACGUCAGACUCGGACCUCAUGCGGUACCGAACCAUCUCCAAAAUCCCCCAGAUCACCCUCAACUUUGUGGAUUUCAAACCUGACCCACUCAUCGCCCUGCCCACGGGGGAGAUGGACAUCAUAGCUCCCUGCAAACUCAUUGACCGGACGCACCACGUCACAGAGAAAGUCACACAGGGAUGUUGACCUCUGAAAGCCUCAACAUAAGGCAGAAUGGUUUGGAAAAGGAGGAACAUGUUUUGCAGGUGAUUUGUGUCAACUGCAAGGAGACAAUGCUGUUUUAAAUGGAUAGGGGCCAAGAAGACAAGCAGGCAGGGCUGACUUUUGGACUGGAACAAAGCCAUGCGGACUGAAGACGACAGUUCAGCUUGAGGACAUGUCUCCGGGGUA